AAGUGCCUUUCUAGCAGUUUCUGAGUGGAGGUACUAGUUGCGGGUAGUUAGCUAGUCAGCUACUCCAAGUGCGUAUAAGUAAAAUUUUAUGUAUAUUUAAUUCCAGUUAAGAUUAUUUUUGUUCACUUUAAAGUAGUUGUUGGCACAGGUUAAAGCACCGCUGCUGUGUUGUAGGUGCUGUUUUCCUUGGCGCAGUGAGUGUCGGGAAGUUUGGCGGUUUUAUCCUCCGCAUUGUUUGGGAACCGGCAUAUAUUAGCCUGUAGCUAAGCUAACUUUAGCCGUGGACUGAGUUGAGUGAAGCUCGGUUUUCUAGCGGCUCGCUGUGGUUAGCGCAUCUCCUGUUACCACGAGUUGUUUAUUGUUGUACACUAAAGUCGACGGAGGAAAAUAUUCGUAUUUUUAGGUGGAUUUCUUCAAAAAUGGCCGCAACGGCGUUUGAAAUGGACGGAAGUGUAAUGGAAGGGGGAGGACAGAUCCUGAGGAUUUCAGCUGCACUCAGUUGUAUCCAAGGCUCUUCUCUAAAAAUCAACAAAAUCCGUGCAGGAAGGAGCACUCCGGGGUUAAGGCCUCAACAUCUGUCAGGCUUGGAGCUACUGAGGGACAUGUGUGAUGGGAAUCUGGAGGGAGCCACUGUGGGAUCCUCAGAGAUCUCACUGACUCCCGGGAAGAUCAAGUGUGGGAAUCACAUUGCUGAUACACAGACUGCUGGGAGUGUGGGGCUUCUGCUGCAGGUCUCACUCCCCUGUGCACUGUUCACUGAAGGACCUUCAGAGCUCUGUUUGAAAGGAGGAACCAAUGCAGAGAUGGCUCCCCAGAUCGAUUACACACUCAAGGUGUUCAAACCCAUUGCCGAGAGAUUUGGUGUGCAAUUUGACUGUGAUUUAAGAAUGAGAGGUUAUUACCCCAAGGGUGGUGGAGAAGUGGUGGUAAAGGUGAACCCUGUGAAAGAGCUGAGUCCCAUCAACCUGACUGAGAGAGGAAACAUCACAAAGAUCUAUGGCCGGGCCUUUGUGGCUGGAGUGCUGCCUUUCAAGCUGGCGAAGGACAUGUCUGCGGCAGCCGUGCGGACUAUCCGAAAAGAGAUAAAAGAUCUUUACAUCAAUAUACAGUCUCUGCAAGAGAAGGAGAAGGCCUGUGGAAACGGGAAUGGCAUAAUAAUCAUUGCAGAGUCUUCUACAGGCUGUAUCUUUGCUGGGUCAUCUCUUGGGAAAAAAGGUGUUUAUGCAGAUAAAGUUGGCAUCGAGGCAGCUGAGAUGCUCCUGAGGAACAUCAGACACAACGGCUGUGUGGACGAGUUUUUGCAAGACCAGCUGAUUAUCUUCAUGGCCUUGGCUAAGGGCACGUCCCGGAUGCGCACUGGACCAAUCACUCUACACACACAGACAGCCAUUCAUGUGGCAGAGCAGCUCACUAAGGCGAAGUUCGCGAUUCAUAAAGCAGAUGACGAACAUGCCAACAAUGACACCUACAUUAUUGAGUGCCAGGGCGUGGGUGCCACCAACUCCCACCUGUGAGCUCGCUUUCGGAGUACCGACAGGAGCAGCUGGAGGUCAUGUAGCAAAAACACACUACUGUAACCAACAGGACAGUGUGAAGACGUCGUCUCUGCGUUCCUAUUCACGCUUCCACACGGAACGGUCGCUUCAUUAGUCUUUGAGCUGACCUUGAGUUGGCCUGCUUUGUCCAUGCUUUUUACAAUAAUCCCAUUUCUCAAAUGACUUUUGUUACUCAGGGUAUUGCCUUACACUGUAACCGAGCAUCGUCUGUCCUAGGAGCUGUUUUUUGUUUUUGUUUUGUUUUGUUUUUUACUUUGCAUUAAUGAUUAGUUGGUUAGAAUUUUCAGUAGUAAACCAGAUGGUUUUUCUUUCUUUGAUCCGCUUUCCACUUUUGUGUGCUAAACACGAGCCUUAAAGAAAACGCAGUUUCACAAUCGCAAUCGGAACACAGUUCAAAUCUGGAUCAUGUGCAUGGAACUAGGAAUAUGUAUGUCACCAGUAAUAAUAGUGCACUGUGUGUACAUGGAGCUAAAUGAAAUGGUCUGCUGUCCCUGAGCAAAAAACUGAGUUUAUGUAGCUGCUUUUCUUUCUUUUCUUUUUUUUCUUUUUUUUGUAAAUUAUUUAAGUUGAUUUAUUGACUGGAUGAUGCCAUGUAUUUCUGUUUGGGUUUUUUUUUUCCCUCUCUUUUUCCCUUUACAUUUUCAUUUGAAGCUCACUAUUUAGCUUUAUUAGGUCUGUGAGGUGGUGGGCUUGUGGAAUCCCUUAAAAAUGAUGGUCAGUUUUUCAUUCGUAGUUCUUACCUUAUUUAUGAGAAGGGAUAUGUGGUGAAGAUUGCCCCCCCCCCCCAGUUUUUGCUUCACUAUAGGUGACAAUGACCUCUGUUUAUUUACUUUAAGAUAUUUUUUGAAAGAGUGAAAAUCACAAUAAAAUCGUUAAGAAUA